AUGCAGGAGCAGGGCCAGAAGCACGGGAAGACCGAGUGGCAAGAUACGAACCUCUACUCUGACACAAAAGAGUUGCAAGGAAUCGUCGGAGUCCGGCGGCCCUUGAAGGUGGAGAAAGAAGAGGAGGAGGAGGGAGAGGAGAAGGAGGAAGAGGUGAGGGAGUACCCAAGCUUGCUGAGACGAGACAUUGCGAACAACGACCGUCAAAACAAUUUGGUCAAGGACGGAAAAAGAGGAAAAAGGGAAAACGGGAGCAAGAAAACGGUGGUACAGGAGCAGGAGCAGUAA